AUGGCUCAUUGGCAGAUGCUAUUGUCUGAAUAUAAUAUUGAGUACCGUACUCAAGAGGUUGUUAAAGGAAGUAUUUUCGAAAAUCAUUUGGCUCACCAGCCAAUCAAUGAUUAUCAAUCCAUCAGAUUUGACUUCCUUGAUGAAGAUGUUAUGUACUUAAAAGCUAAAGAUUACGAUGAACAGUUUCCUGAAGAAGGACCAAAGCCUGGAUCAGGGUGGGGUUUAGUUUUUGACGGAGCUGUUAAUGCUUAUGGUAACGGAAUUGGGGAAAUCAUUAUUACUCCUAUGGCCCUAGUGGUUAAUCAGAUUAAAGGAGAAUGGGAGACUCGUCAUCCUGGUUUAAUUCCUUACAAAGAUUAUGCAAGGAGGUUUUCAAAUUUCUUCAAUAAAAUAAAGAGUCAUCAUAUACCUCACAAAGAGAAUCAGAUGGCGAAUGCUCUGGCUACUUUGUGUUCUAUGUAUAAAGUAAAACUAUUAAAAUGA